AUGAGGCCCCCUCCACGAGCUUUCUGUUCAACAAAGUCCUUGUGUUACCCCAGCUCUCAACUGAAAAGUCAGUGCCAGGGAUUUGACAGGGCCAUCAUUACCCAGGCCAACACUCCAGUGGGAUCAACUAUUGUGUACGCUAGGGAAAAGAACAAGAAGACCCUCAAGGUGACUCCAGAGAUUUUCAGCACCUUCAUAAAGGAGAAUCCAUUUCCAAAGAAAAAAUGGGAAACGUGUGCUGUUGUCGGGAACUCAGGGAUUCUGGCAAACAGCAGCUGUGGAGAGAUGAUCGAUUCGGCUGAGUUAGUUAUCAGGUGCAACCUACCUUCUUUGGGAAAAGGCUAUGAGAGACAUGUGGGCACCAAGACUGACAUCGUGACAGCCAACCCAAGCAUUUUGGUGAAGGAGUAUGGAGAUCUAAUGGGGCCACGCCGUCCAUUUGUGGAGAGUCUACAUAGCUACGGAAAAUCCAUGAUGGUUCUUUCCCCCUUCUCCUAUGCAGGCAAUACUCCGGUGUGCCUGAGGGCAGUAUACAGCAUUAGGGACUUUGAAAGUCCCAUUCAGCCCAUGUUCUUCAACCCUGAUUACUUCCGGAGUCUGAAAGACUUCUGGAGCUCCAGAGGCCUAACCAGAGGCCUACUCAGCAGCGGCUUACUGAUGGUUAGCAUAGCGCUGGAACACUGUGCCAACGUGCAUCUGUACGGUUUCUGGCCCUUCAGUAAUCAUCCAUUGGAACUCAAUGCCGUGAAAAACCACUAUUACGAUGAUAAAAAAGCAGUGAUGGGACCCACCUGUGGCACUUGAUUCCAGUAGAUAAGAGGGCUGCAGAACAGGCUCUCGGUCUCUCUCAGCUGCCCUGCUCGGUGCAGCAGGACACCGCUCCUCUGUUCUGUUUGAUUGUUGUUUGUAACCACUGUGUUGCAUAAAAUAAGUGAUUGUUUUGGGCAA